CACUUCUCUUCUUUAUACCACGUGACCACUAAGGGGCGCUAACAUUUAUUUUCAGAGGCUUGCCUUUGGUGAUGUCACUUCCGCUCCGGCCUGGUGAGCUGGGAACCGGAGUAAAACAGCAAGAGGGCGAGCAUAGUUUUCCAGACAGCUCAACUAUGACCAGCUCCCCAGUUUCACGAGUAGUUUAUAAUGGCAAGCGUCCAGCAAGCAACACACGAUCACCAAGCAGUAAUGAAAUCUUCACUCCAGCUCAUGAGGAGAAUGUGCGCUUUAUUUAUGAAGCAUGGCAGUGUGUGGAAAGGGAUCUGAGGAACCAAGUAUCCGGUAUGGACCGGGGAGUUGUAGAGGAGUAUGUGGAGAAGAACCCCAGCAACAGUCUGAAAUCCACGCAGGUACGCCAACAAUCUUUUCCUCCCCCAGUGUUGGUAGAGGGUCAGCCUGAAUUUAUUGUCCAAGAACUUCUUGAUUCUCGCAUUGUGCGGGCCUUUAAACCCAUCGAUUUGAAUGAUUUGAAGAGAAGAACAGUGCAGGACCCAAAUAAGUCAUAACCUGAGUGUGUGACUUUAUACCUCUGCUUUUAUCAAACUUUUUUUAUUUUUAUGCACUUUUAUGCAACUCUUCACGUCUUGACUUAAAGAGGCUGCUCUGGGACACUACAAUGUGCAUAAGGCAAAGUAGUCCUGCUCUUGGAUUUUUACAUUUUUUCAACCUACCCCCUCUGUGCCCUUCAUUUUACCCAAGCAUCCUUUGCUUAUAGACCAAUGGAUAACAGUUUUUCUUUUAAUUUUACACUCAGAAGUUGUAUUUACAGCAGUUUGAAAUACUCUAGUCCUUCAUCCUGCUUCAGCUGCAGGUUAUUCAUGGCACAGUGCUCUGCUGCUGGAUAGGCCAUUUAAUUGUUUUAUCCCUGUGAUCACACAAGCAGCGAUUGUACUAGUGCACAGAAGAUGUUGACUCAAACUGUCCUAAAGAGUGGUUACAGAGAAGGCAGAAGUAUCCAGUGUAAUGGAUCAUGCACAAACUAUGUAAAAUAGCUUCUUAUUUAUGAUACCAAUAUGCUAAAUGUCACACUGCUGACUACACAUCAUUAACCUUAUUUUGAGGUGAUGAGGUACUCUUCAGUAAUAUAUUUUUCCAUGUCUGAACCGUAAUGUAGCCAUCUUUUUUCCCCACUGAUUUAAGUUGCCAACUGCUGAUAUAUGCAGUGUUUCUAUUAUAAUUAUGCUACCUACCUUCAAAUAUAUGCAUGUUACACCUGUGAAAACCGAACUGCCUAUUAUGGUUAAUUGCCAAACUCAAUCACUGGACUUGUAUGAAAGAGGAAUAGUUGGAUAUUCAGAACCUGUUAAGUUCUGACUAAAGAAGUUAUUGAUUUGGGAGUUUUAGAAUUAGAAUUUGAUAUAAAUAGUGCUGAGGUGCCCAGCCUUUAACACUUUGGGAAAUUAUCAGUUUAGGGUAUACAACACAAGUUUAACAUUGCUAUGAAAAAAGUAUUCUUGCAUUACACUGAAAGCAAUUGUUGAAUGUAAAAGAGCUAAAACCAUUUUAAAAAUUGCAGUAAUGGGAAGCACUCCGUGAUCUAAUGGAUCUGUUUUGGAUUAGGCUAGGCAACUAUGAUUAACCAACUCAAUAUCUACUGGUUUAUAUUGAUAUACCUUAAGGGCUCAUACACGCUUGCUUUUCUCCAUGCCCAGGAAUAAAUGCAGCCUAUUGAUUUAAAUGGCCCCAUAUUGACACAGGCACAUGUAAGCCAAACGCAGCAUGUUGUGUUCCACCUGCUUCCGGUGCUUCCGGUGCUUCCAUGCACCCGUGUCAGUACAUGCCCAUUCAAAAUAAUUGCUUGUGUUUCUUCCUGUGCUCCCCUGUGGCUUUACACUUUAAAACUGACUGCAGGGGAGCGCAUUGAGAAAUGCAAGUGUGUAUGUCUAAUGCUGUAUUCCCCUGUUCUAGAGGUUUUUAACUAUGCAUACAUUUUCUCCCAGUCCCAUUUGAAAUCUCCCUGUGUUAGUCUGAUUCUUAAAUGACAACUAAGUACUAAAAUGUACUCUGCUUGAAAACGGGCUCAGUAAGUACAGCUUGUGCCAAACAAACUUUUUGCCUACUCGUUUAAGAAGUAUACAUAUGAAAAAUUUCCAUUUCUUUUCAGUCAGUGUAUUUUUCUAAUUUCCUGUUAGAAAUAAAUGGUGACAAAACAAGUUUCUGGCCUAAAGAUAAGUUUAUUAAGCCGCUCCUUUUUCCAAAGGGAAGGAAGGGGUUUGAUUUUUCAGAGCUCACUUUGAACAAAUUAUCUGUUUCUAGGGAUAAGUGCAGUGGCGCUGCACCGAUGAGAGUUGAGAAACUCGACUCAGGCGGCAGCACCCCACUAGUUACCAAGAUGGCAAAAUGCCACUCGUGUAAAAACCUGAAAUUCAGCUCUUGUAGCACAGAUUUGUGCUAGCCUCCUGGACCCCUCCUCCAACUUUGUGGACCCCACCCCCUCGAUCGCCUCCAGCACGUAAAGGUUGAGUGCACAGGGGAGGGGGGUUGGCAGCAGCAAGCUGCCUCAAGCAGCAGAGGAGUCCGGAUUGCCCCUGGGUGAGUGGAUUCAGGCAUAAAAUUAACCAAUAUUGCGUUAGUGUUUAUAAUGACAAUUUGUGAUUUAAUUCAAAGAAUAGGCAGGACAAAUUUCCAAUACAAGUCCUAUUUAUGGUACUAAAUUUUAGCAAAGGUAUAAAUAUUUACAUACUUGAAGUGUGCACUGAUUUAAAAUUGUUUUCUGGCUGGUCAUGAGGUGUUGCCUCAUAAUUUCUACAUACAACGCCUUCCUCAUGAUGCCAUCUAUGUUCUGAACUGCAGCAGUCCCUUUUCCAGCAAAACAUACCACAGAAUGAUGCUGGCAUGCUUAUUUAUUGUACUUUUGGGAUGGAAGUGUUCAUAAGCUUAAAAAUCUGACCAGUCUUCUUUCUUACAUGGUGAUGAUCAUUACUAAGGGAUUUUAUUUUUAGUCUGACCCUCAUCCAAAAGGUGACUAGAACUUUGUCCAGGUUGUCAUCUGCAAACUUUAAUCUUGCUUUUUAUGUCAGGGGAUAAGGAAUAAGGGCUGCUUCUUGCACAAAUGACUUUCAGGUCAUUGUGAUGAAGAACUAUUAGUGAAAAUGUAUACUUUAGGGCAAUGAUGACAUUGGCACUUGAAUAAUACAAUCAGGUAGCGCAUUUAGGGAGCACAGUGGAAUAUGUAAAACCACGUUUUGUUUGAACUCAAUCCAGAUAUUUUUUCACAUUGUAAGGAACGUAAGAUACACCAUCCCUGGGUAAACUAUUUAUAAUUUAUUGUGAUAUUGAUGCUAUGUAAAAAAGAUCAGAAACAACCAUUGCCAUUCUGCAUACAAGCUUACAUCUCUUAGGUUCAACCUUUUUGUCAAAGUAAAAACUUACCUGACUUUGUUUUAGGGGAAGGAGAAGAAGAAACAAAAAGAGCUGUAGUCUCUCCGCGGAGGCGGAUUAUUUUUUUAUGAAAUGAAGAGUUUAACAGCAGAUGCAUUACAAUAGUUUUACAAUGUGACACAUGUAAAUGAAAGCCAGGAGUAGUAAGAGUUUAUCAAGAUUAUUUUUAAAUGCUAUAAAUGGCAAAAGUGUUUUAAAUCAUUGAAAUAUUGAGGUAAAUAUUGAUAAACGGGGGCGUGGCCUAACCACCAAUGUAGUGAGACGCGCUUCUCUAGUGCUCCGGGGACAAUCAAUCCGACACUAUUGAUCCUGUGCAACCUGCUGACCCAAACCAGCUUCAAAAGGUGCCUAUUCCCUUACCCUUCAACAUCUGAUGGGGGGCCACAAGAAAGCGAGCGAGCCGGCUGCCAGCAAGCUCAACAAAUUUGUGCGGCUGCAAAAUCAAGAUGGCGCCCGAACAAGCAGAUCCGACACGCCGCCAUCGCAGUCUAUGGAUCCCGCGCCACCAGCUUCCCAAUCUGAGCCGGAACCUACGCUCCAUGAAGUGCUCAAUGCAAUCCGGGACACGAGAGUGGCGGUGGAGG